AUGCCCUGCAAGGCAGAAUCCUACUGUAUCUGCAAGGUAAAUGGCCAAGAAACCAUCCGGGCGUUGAUGCAUUUGGCAAUGUUCUAUGGCAUUCACUCCUUUACGCAUGGCAGGAAGAUUAUGCCGAUGGCGAGGAUCUGGGGGUGUUGACCUGUGGGCAUGAUUUCCACGCUUCUUGUGUUGGAAAAUGGUUGGUUCAGCAGAACGUCUGCCCGCUCUGCAAGAAGACGGCCUUAUCUACCUAA